GCCUCAAAAAGAGACCCAAGAUUUAUUAGGUAUGAUUUCUGUGUUGCAUGACUUGAAGAAGUCUCUUCUAAAUUACAUUCACCACCCAUCAACCUUAAAGAUUUUGUGGGCAUUUUACUUACAUUCUCCAAAAACAUUAUUUCAAAGCUCUCGAAUGAAAUAUUGGAAUGAUUGAAAGCAUUGGGCGCUACUGCAGAUUGAAGUUUGGAGGCCAGUGGGACGCUGCCGUUUUAAGGUCUGAAGCUGCUGCAAAGGAAUUGGACCAGUACAAUUGGGCUGUGGAUUAGUAAAACGGUGCGUUUUGGCAGCUGGGUUUGGUUCUAAUUAAGUGAAACGCAGCGUUUGACACGGCUGCAGCCUUGGGGAGUCUGGGCACGAUAAUUCAUUUGGGGCAGAAGCUCUUUAUCGAGCAAUUGAGGAACAGAAAAAAAAAAGUACCCCUCGAGCUAGGGUUCAAAGGAGAAGAAGAACGGUUGAUGCCACUGACCUGGAGCUGACCAGAGGUUCUGAGGAGCUGACCGGAGUUCAAGUUGAUCGGAGGGCUUGAAGAAGAGAUCAAACAGGCGAGGAUUGGUGACCAUCCGAUUCAGAGAGCUAAACGAUCAAGCGGCGAAGGUGACGUAUGGAAGGGUUAUGGAAUUCCUUGGUUAACCAAAGUUGCUUAAAACCCUUUGGUUUCACUCCAAGACUUGGUUAUACUUUCCCAGUGGUUACGACUAGAACUGGGAGUUUAAAUCGAAAACCUGAAUCCUGCACACUGAGAAGUAACUGCACACAAUUGGGUAGAGACACUGGCGCUAGUUCCCAAAGGAUUGGAGUUGAAGCACUGGAUAAUGGUGGUGAUGGAGAGGAAUCUAAUGUGGAGUGGGAAUCUGAGUUUCUUGGGGAAGUUGAUCCGUUGGGUUACCGGGCUCCCUCUAAAAAAAGGGAAAAAGUGCAGAGGUCAAAGUUGCUUGAAGAAACUGAUGAAAUGGAUUGGUGUGUGAGGGCGAGAAAGAAGGCCCUGAAAUCAAUUGAAGCAAGGGGCAUGGGUCAUCUGAUUGAAGAUUUGGUUACUGUUAAGAAGAAAAAGAAAGACAAGAAGAAGUUGGAAAGCAAGAAGAAAAUAGUAAAGAAAAUUGAGAAUAUAGAAGAUCUUGACUUUAGCUUAGAGGACGAGUUCCCACAGCCUAUCAAACCUCUGAAUGAUGUUGACGAUCUGAAAAGGAGAGUGAGUAUGUUUUCCAAUGGAGUGUUUAUAGAAAAGAAGGAAAAAGCAAAGGAGGAAUUUGUCAGUAGGCUUUCUCAAUUCUCUGGGCCAUCUGAUCAUAGAAAAGAAGUCAAUUUGAACAAAGCAAUCACUGAAGCACAGACUGCAGAUGAUGUUUUAGAUAUAACAUAUGAAACAAUUGUUGCAGUUGCAAAAGGCCUGAGCCCUUCUCCUCUGUCCCCCUUGAACAUUGCCACUGCUCUUCAUCGCAUUGCUAAGAAUAUGGAGAAGGUUACUAUGAUGAGAACUCGAAGAUUGGCUUUUGCUCGACAAAAAGAGAUGUCUAUGCUUGUCAGUGUUGCAAUGACAGCCCUACCUGAGUGCUCUGCGCAAGGAAUCUCGAACAUAUCUUGGGCACUGUCCAAAAUUGGAGGUGAACUGCUUUAUCUUUCAGAAAUGGAUAGAAUUGCAGAGGUUGCGCUGACCAAGGUUGGGGAUUUCAACUCCCAAAACAUUGCUAAUAUAGCAGGUGCCUUUGCUGCAAUGCAGCAUUCUGCCCCUGAUCUUUUCUCAGAGUUGUCGAAAAGGGCUUCAAACAUAAUUCACACUUUUCAAGAACAAGAGCUAGCUCAACUUUUAUGGGCUUUUUCUUCGCUAUAUGAGCCAGCUGACCUUGUUUUUGAUUCUUUAGAUAUAGUCUUCAAAGAUAGUUGCCAAUUGAGAGGUUGCACAAAUGAAAAGACAUCAAGUAAUGAUGAACAAAUCAGUGUUGACAGAACUGGUGCCUCAAAUGGAUCUCUGAGCUCUCCUGUACUCACUUUAACGAGGGACCAGCUUGGGACAAUAGCUUGGUCCUAUGCAGUCUUUGGACAAAUGGAUAGGAGUUUCUUCUCUCAUGUCUGGAAAACUCUCCGCAAUUAUGAGGAGCAAAGGGUUUCAGAGUUUUACAGGGAGGAUAUCAUGUUUGCUUCUCAAGUUCAUCUUGUAAACCAGUGCUUGAAGCUUGAAUUCCCACAUCUUCAGUUGUCAUUAUGUGGUGAGUUUGAGGAGAAAGUGGCCCUUGCUGUAAAAACUAAAAGGUUCAAUCAGAAAAUAACUUCAUCAUUUCAAAAAGAGGUUGGACGCCUACUCAUAAGCACUGGUCUUGAAUGGGUCAAAGAAUAUGUUGUGGAUGGUUACACUUUGGAUGCUGUGCUUGUUGAUAAGAAGCUUGCUUUGGAGAUUGAUGGUCCAACUCACUUCUCGAGAAAUACUGGUGUUCCAUUAGGACAUACCAUGUUAAAACGUCGAUACAUCACUGCUUGUGGUUGGAAAGUCGCUUCUGUAUCCCAUCUGGAGUGGGAGGAAACUCAAGGGGCGUUUGAACAAGUAGAGUACCUUAGGAACAUCCUCAAAAAUCAUCUAGAUGAGGGAUACGCCGAAACUACUCUGACUGGUGUAAAGUGAUUAGCCAAUGCUGCUUGUCAAGUGUAAGGAGAUAUCAGAUAUGUAUUUUUUACCAAGCUCCUCUGAUAAAUUUUAGUAAAGGGGGUUGUAUAUUUCUUAGAAAUAUUUCAUUUCAAAAGCAUAAAUUCCAUUUCUCCCCAUUUUGUUUUGCAUUAAAAUCACUGUAGUCUCUAAGUUCAACACCAAAAUGAAUUUGCUUCAUAAUAUUACACAAGAUCAAAUUUGACAAUUGACAAUUCUUAAUCAAUUUGCUAUUCAAAUUAACAUUGCCUGUCAUUUGGACCCUAGUAUUACCAAUUACCAAAUUAAUCUAUUUCGUAUAUUUAGUCCUUUGGCAACAAAGGAUAGCUAGACCAUUGUGUUCAUUGCAAUUUUAUAGAGAUAUUAAAUAUUAGACGAGAAUAUGUAAUCAAGAAGUACCAGUGGUAGAAUAGAACCCUGCCACGGUUUAGACUCAGAUUCGUUUCCUGUCUAGUGCACAUUCAAAAGAGCUUUGAUGAAAAAUUCUGUCCAAUUUGUGGGUCAAUUGUUGGUCAUCGCACUUAGGUCAAUGAAGAUAAUGUUUCUGAGCUCUCUUAUUUUUUUUUCUUCUUGAAUUCUCUUUUUCUCAUGCACACAACUCUGACAAUAUCUCAGGUCACAGUCAAAAGAUAAUCCAUGUUUCUGGAGUGCAACUUCUCCAUACCAAACACUAUUAUAACAUUGCAGAAAUCUAUCAUAAGACGAUCUUUUAUUUUGUCUUGAUGUUGCUUGAGAUUUUCCAUGGUUAAACAUAUUUUCUAGCAGGCCAUUAUUUCUUUACUUGGUAGGGGAUAUAAUUGUUGUCAUAAUGACACAAUGGUGCCUACCAAAUUCCAGAACACUAGCAUACAUUACUUUCAAUUUUGUUAUAGCUUGAAGCAUGGGAGGAAAGGAUUGGCUUUGAAUUAACCCUUUAACUUCGUUUACGUUUAAGCCUAAGUAAAAUUAGUUCCAUAGUUUGAUUGGGUUAAAGAAGAAUAUAAAAGAAGUGAAAAAUAUUAUUUCAGAGUGGUUAUUAGGAAACAAAGGAAGAAGCGACUUAAAGCUUUUGCUUAAAUAUAUUUAGUACCUCAAAUUUUGGGACAAUUUUUAUUUCAGUCCCUCAAUUUAAAUUUUGUAGUUUUUAGACCCUCUAUUGGAAAAAAUGUUAUAUUUUUGCUUCUUUUUAGUCUUUCAAACUCAUUUGGGAUGACUAAAGACAAUAUUUCGUGAAUUUGAAAUACUACCAUCGGCAAAUUUUAAAUUAGGGAACAAAAACUAAAACUACUCUAAAUUUGUGAGAUUAAAAAUAGGAUUUUAUUAGUUUUGGGUACCUUCAAUAUUAAUUUGUUUUGAAAUUGGCACCACAAAAAUUUAUUUAGUAUUUUUUAUGCUUAACAUUUAAUCGAUAUAUAAAUUUGAUUUUUGUAGUAACUUUAUGUAAUCAUCCAAAAUCAUUAUUUGCAAGUAUGUUGGUUUUUGGAGUUCAAGAUUGCGAUGUUAACACCAUUUAUGCAAAAUAUCUAGAAAAAUUACUAUCUAAACCGACUUUAUUUUGUUAACACCUCCCUACUAUUGGGUUUAUUUUAGUCCUUUAUCUAUUGUAAUAUAUGUUAGUCUAUCGUUAGAACAGUCUAUUGCACAAUGACCAAUGCCUAGCCAUGCUCAUAAAAUGACCUACUUGUAUCUACUAAAAUCUACACUCCUCUGCAUUACCAUUGUUGUUUCUCUUGGCUCUUCCAUUUGCGUCUAUGAGCUUAGAUUACAACUAAGUGAAUCGGUUUAGUAUUGGUCCUUCAUUAUAUUUUCCCCGUCAAUUUUGCUUCUUCCACGGACCGUUGGACUGCCAAUCUAUUGCACCCCUGAUGGCAAACCUGCAGUCGCUCUCACUUUCUCACGUGCCAAUGCUCUCACCCUUCCCUCUCUCUGCGCUGAUAAUGGGUAAAAAGCUAAAAAGGAACCAAAGUUUGCUGUUGUGAAAAAGGUUGUCACUUCCAGGAAAAUCUAUAGCUACAAAGAAGAUGUUUUGAACUCAAAAGAAAAAUCUUAUGAAGGAAAAGUUACCCAGAGACAAAUAAGGUUCGAUUCUCACUCCUGGGCCCCUCGCCCUCACCCCCUUUUAAUUGGUUCUGAAUUUAUUGCUUUCUCCCUUUCUCCGUUGGUUUGAAUUUGUAUUAUUUAGUCCUAGUCAUUCUGCGGCAAUUUCCGUACCGGAUUUUGGUGGAUACCAAUUUCUAAAUCCAGAUUAGAGAAACAGGCACAAGUGCUAAUUGUUGCAACAUGUGAUCGGGACUUGAAGAAUUCCUGGUGUUCCAAUAAUGUUCAUUGCUAAAUACAGAUGCUCUAUUGAGAACCAACAAUUGGUGGAGGAAAGUUCCAUCAUGCAUCAAUUGCAAGAAGACUUUUUGUGAUGACACAAUGGUACUGACUUUAGUGAAUGAAGAACAGAAAAAGGUUGUACAAAAAUAGGGCCAUACGAAAGUUUAGAAUAAGGAUGGCAAAAAAACUUGUACCCUCAUGUAUCUAUGGGUAAAAUGUAGAUACGGGAAUUUCUUACCU